CGACUGCUCUGCUCGCCGGUCGUACCGCCCAGUGUUUGCGGGGUAGUUUGGUUGUCAUGGUAUUGUAUUGCAGGUGAGCAGAAGCUUGAUAUAAGCUACCUAUCACGUGAUGGCGAUCGGUGGGAUCCUUCACUUCCUCCAACACCCAGCUUUAUUACAAGGCCUCUGCAGUCUUUGUUCAAUCUGGGGUCGCGCGAUGUCUUCGACAUCGUACGUAUCGAUAACAUGGCUCAACAAGCAAGCAAGCACAUCACGAAGCACGGACCGGAGCGGAUGCCGAAUUAUGUCCUGUGGCGCGUCCAUUGGCACUUGUUGUGUGCAGGCCUGAAAGUCAGCGAUCCCUCGAGUUCUUGAUGACGAGUUUGUUCUUGUAGCCGAUAUCAAAUUUAUAGAAGACCGUGUCUCGAGUAUAUGCG